AACCAGAAUCCGCUCAUUUACAUAACCUCGUCCCCCUCGCAAGAGAGCCGCUGAAAACUCGCGAAUCGCAACGCGGCGUAAUCCGAACCUUAAUUUGCGUACAGCCUCUAUAAGUACCGAGUGGCUUCCGGUAACCUCGGUGCCGCUGCUGUGUUUGCGUUCGUGGUGGUCUCUGCAGCUCGUGCUUGCCGUUAUGCCUGAGCCGGCAAAAUCCGCCCCGGCGUCCAAGAAGGGCUCGAAGAAAGCUGUCACCAAAGCCCAGAAGAAGGACGGCAGGAAGCGCAAGCGCAGCCGCAAGGAGAGCUAUUCCAUCUAUGUGUACAAGGUACUGAAGCAAGUGCACCCGGACACCGGCAUCUCGUCUAAGGCCAUGGGCAUCAUGAACUCGUUCGUCAACGACAUCUUCGAGCGCAUCGCGGGCGAAGCGUCGCGCCUGGCGCAUUACAACAAGCGCUCGACCAUCACCUCCCGGGAGAUCCAGACGGCCGUGCGCCUGCUGCUGCCCGGCGAGCUGGCCAAGCACGCCGUGUCUGAGGGCACCAAGGCGGUCACCAAGUACACCAGCUCCAAGUGAGUGCCUGCCGGGAUGCGGCGCGCGCACGAGUCGCCGGGCCGCUCGACUUUCCAAAGGCUCUUUUCAGAGCCACCCACCUUCUCAGUGGAAGAAGCUGUUAUCCAAUUUAUUUUCAUUUUCUGUUAUGGUUCUUUU